AUGGCACCGAAUUUCUUUGCGUGUUUCCGUCGUGGGGGCGUCGGCGGUGCAAAGGAGUCGUCUGCGAAUGGGGGGAGGGUCCAUACUGCCGGCGGUGGGGGCGGGGCAGAGGAGCAGGGGAAGGGUGGGGCGGUCCUAGUGGAGUUCUUCACCGCCCAGGGGUGUGCCACCUCCCCGGAGGCCGAGUUGUUCCUCUCGCGUCUGGGCAGCGAAGAAGACCGGCCGGCAGAAGGCCCGCCGGUGAUCGUACUGGCGUACCACGUGGAGUACUGGGACCACCUUGGCUGGAAGGACGUGCUGGCGUCGAGCCUGUGGAGCGCGAGGCAGAAGGCGCUGGUGGAGGCUUUGGGAGAGGACUCCAUCUACACGCCGCAGUCGGUGGUGCAGGGCCGGUCACAGUGCCUCGCCACCGGCGAGGCGGCCGUCUUGGCGGAGAUCGGCAAAGCCACCACUUUCCCCGGCCCCACAAUGCAGGCGACUUUCCAAAGACGAACACCCGACACUUUAGAAGUUUCCUUGCGUGGUGCUCUGAGGACGAAAGUGGAUGAGAAGGGCGUGGACGUUAUGGUCGCUCUUCAUGAGAGUGGCCUCGUGACUGAGAUUUCCAGGGGAGAUAAUAAAGGUCGGAUAGUAAAAAAUGAUUUCGUCGUGAGGAAGCUGGAGAAACUGUGCAGUGUGCGUGAUGUUUCAGCAAAGAAGACGAUAUCAGGGACAGUGAACUUCACACUGUGGGAGGGAUUCAACAGUGGGAAAUGUGGUAUCGUGGUUUUCAUACAGAACUCUUCACUGCAAAUUUUUGGUUGUCAACAGUUUCAUUUGCCUCUUAACCUCUAAGUUCCUCUGUAACAUCUUAUUUUUUCUCAUUAUCUCUUGGUUGAAGGUUGUUGGUGGGCGCCUAAAUUUUUUAGGCUAUCUUGUACAUUCAAGCUCUCAAGAUUGUGUUGUAUGAUUAUUUUUAGAGAUUUGCGAGAUUAAAGGGUUCUGUUUCUUAUUCUCUA